AUUCAUAAUAAUUAUGUUAUAUUUUCUCAAAGCAAAGCAUAGCCAAGAAAGACUAACUCAAGAUUAUGACAAGACUAGUUGGCCUAAUUGUACUAGCACUAGCGCUGGUUUGCCUCUCAAAUGCUCAAGACAGCUGCCCAAGCAAUCCAUUGGUCGGAUUCACUGCACUAACACCAGAGCAGCUGAGGGGGGAGAUUCGGUCCAACUUGCAAGAAUCGAUGGCUGAAAUUCUCGAUGCCUUGAGCAAAGAGAUAUCGACGCAGUCAUCAAAUUCUCUGAGUGAGAUUAACAGUGCGGUUCAGACGGGACAAGCUUCGGUACUGGAGUUAAACAAACAGCUCGAACAAUCUAUUCUGAACAAUAUGGAGAGAGUGGUGGAAACACAAGUGAAAAAAGAAUUAGCUAACUUCUUUGAAAGCAUCAUUAACAAUUUAACAGCAAUAACACAACCCACUCUGAUUCCAACAACACCCACAACACGACCAACAGAACCCCCAAUAACACCUAUGACAACUACUACCGCUACAACAAACCUACCAACAACAACCACAACACAACCAACAGAACCUCCAACAACAGCUACGACAGUACCAACAGAACCACCAACAACAGCUACGACACAACCAACAGAACCACCAACCCAACCCACACAGCCGACUACUACAAAGGCAACCACAGCACCACCCCCAACUACACCUCAGAUUGGACUCACUCCGCUCAAUCCAGCCGUCUCUUGCCAAGAAGUCCUUGAGACCAUACCGGAAGCUCUCUCUGGCAAUUAUUGGGUGGUGUCCAGAUUGGAAGGGGGGCAAACCAUACCGAGGAGAGUGUAUUGUGACAUGGAACGCAGCUGUGGGGGACUCAGUGGUGGGUGGAUGAGAGCAGCCAACGUGAAUAUGAGAGAUCUUCAACAGACCUGCCCUGAGAACUUCCAAGUGUGGACGGACACAAACCUACAGCCAUUGCGACUAUGCCGUACGGUAGACACUGGUGCCGGUUGUAUAGGCUCCUUCUUCCCAGUCAACGGGAUAAGCUACUCACAUGUGUGUGGUCGAAUCAUAGGCUAUCAAGACAGAACACCGAACGCUUUCUUUCCGUAUCAAUCAUCUAGCACCCGGAGUAUUGACGACGUGUACGUGGAUGGUAUUAGCCUCACACACGGCACAGAGAGGCAACACAUAUGGACAUUUGCAGCAGCUUUGGACGAGACUUUAGGCCACCUCUCCUCUUGUAGGUGUUCGAAUGCCGGCUUUAGGCAAGCAGCCACGAUUCCGGAUUUUGUCAGUAAUGAUUACUUCUGUGACACGGGGAGCAGAGAAGAUGCAGGUUUCGAGUUUUACGACAGUGAUCCGUUAUGGGAUGGAGCUGGGUGUGGUGAAGUCAGCUCGUGUUGUACGUUUAACAACCCCCCGUGGUUUUACAAGAGUCUGAUUGCUACUAGUGAUGACAUAGAGAUGAGAGUGUGCAGAGAUUCACCCGUGGCUAACGAAGACAUUCUGUUAGAGAUUGUGGAACUAUACGUGCGCUGAGUUAAUAGUGAGAACAAUAGCCUAUCUUGAUGUGUGAACAGUAAUAAUGUGAUGAGGUAUACAAACAACAGCUGAAUAAACAAUAACUUAGAGUGUGUAUAUAUAUGAGGAGAGAGCAAUACAUAAACUGUGUGAAUGUGAAUAGUGAAAGCAUUGAUCUAAUGAGAGUCUCCAUGACAA